CAUCAUUUCCGUUUCCGUAUAUUAAACUAGAUGAAUCUAGUAAGGAUUUUAUAAGCUGUUUGUGUUCGUUCAGUGGUUUCAGUGAAGUGCGUAGGUAACAAAGAUGACGACGGGAUCUCCCCCUUGAAAACAAAAUGUAGAAUGGACGUAGAUGUAAUUUAUCUGCUUACAGUUUGUCUUGCUGUACCAAGUGUUUGACGGCAAGGAGGUGUUUACGAUGGCUGGUCUGUAACAUCAUUGUGACUCAAGUUUGGUGCAUUGCCUGGCGAUGUAGGUUAAUGAUGUGCUGCUCGGAUGGGGUUAUAAAUUGAAAAUCGUUGUGGGAUCUCAUAGCUUCGGCACAAUGACUGAUGACGAUCGCUGGAAUUUACUGAUCCAUCUCAGCUGGUCUGAAUUGUGCAUGACGAAGAUCCUGUAAAAUUAAUUGUGGUUAUGGAGGAUAGUACUGAGGAGCUACGGGAGGAGUGGCCUUUGCUCCUCUGGACCAUGGUUGCUGUUCUAGUCCCAGUGUUCAUCACAUUGUGGUGCAGCUUCCAGCGUCCCAAACGCAAAGUUCAGCUGAAAGAUCUCUUCCGAAAGAGCAAACACGGCUGGCACUACACGGACCUCUUCAACAAGCCCACCUACUGCUGCGUGUGCUCUCAGCCCAUCCUGCAGGGGGCGUUCUGUGACUGCUGCGGCAUAUGUGCGGAUGAGCAGUGCAUACACAGAGCAGAUCGCAUCCUCUUAUGUAAAGAGAUCAUGACCCAGAGUCAGACAGAUGGGAGGUUCUGCCACCAGUGGGUCAGAGGAAAUGUGCCCCUCGCCAGCUACUGUACCGAGUGCAAACAGCAAUGCGGGACUCAACCUAAACUCUGCGACUAUAGGUGUGUAUGGUGUCAGACCACAGUGCAUGACGACUGCCUUUCCAGUCUGAGCGAUGAUCUGUGUGACCUUGGAGAGUUCCGUUCUGUUAUCAUACCUCCAUAUUACCUCUAUCAAGUCAACAAGCUCCGCCGAAGACACCCUGAUGAGUACAGCAAGCUUGCUGCAUUGUGCGGGAGUGCCUGGACUCCAGUAUUGGUCUUGGCAAACACAAGAAGUGGCAACAACAUGGGGGAGGUUCUGUUAGGAGAAUUUCGUACUCUUCUGAACCCUGUACAGGUGUUUGAUCUCUCUGAGCUGCCCCCCUCUAAAGCCCUGCAGCUGUGUACUCUUCUGCCCCCAGGCAGUGUGCGUGUUCUGGUGUGUGGGGGAGACGGCACAGUGGGGUGGGUUCUGGAUGCCAUUGAUACCAUGAAGCUGAAGGGUCAAGAUCAGUUUAUCCCUUUUGUGACCAUCCUGCCGUUGGGCACAGGCAAUGAUUUAUCAAACUCUUUGGGAUGGGGAGCAGGAUACGCUGGAGAGAUCUCAGUAGAAGAGGUGAUCAGGAAUGUUCUAGAGGCUGAAGUAGUCAAGAUGGACAGAUGGAAAGUUCAAGUUGCCUCCAAAGGAAACUAUUUUCGUAAGCCAAAGGUGUUGGCCAUGAAUAAUUAUUUCUCAGUGGGUCCUGAUGCUCUCAUGGCGCUGAACUUCCAUGCGCACAGAGAGAAAACACCAUCUUUUUUCUCCAGCCGAAUCAUCAAUAAGGCAGUGUAUUUCCUCUAUGGUACCAAAGAUUGUUUAGUACAAGAAUGUAAAGAUCUGGAUAAGAAGAUUGAGUUGGAGCUGGAUGGAGAGCUAGUGACUUUGCCCAAUCUGGAGGGGAUAAUAGUGUGUAAUAUCGGCUACUGGGGAGGUGGCUGUAGACUGUGGGAGGGAAUGGGAGAUGAGCCCUAUCCUCCGACACGUGUGGAUGAUGGCUUAUUAGAGGUGGUGGGGGUAUAUGGCUCAUUCCACUGUGCACAGAUCCAGGUGAAACUGGCCAAUCCUGUGAGGUUGGGACAGGCACAUACAGUACGGCUGGUAUUGAAGAGUUCUCGGAUGCCAAUGCAGGUGGAUGGAGAGCCGUGGGCGCAGGGUCCAUGCACCAUUACCAUUACCCAUAAGACCCAGGCUCUCAUGCUGUACCACAAUGCAGAACAAACAGAUGAUGACGAUUCCAGCACGUCAGAGACUGAAGAACCCUCAGCCGAUCACAUUGACACAGCUAGCAACACACAGGAAACCAUGUCUUAGUAAGGAUAUAAUUACUCUGUGCUAUUUCCACCCUAGAAAUUAGCACAGCAUGAAUGAAAGAAACCCUGAUGUGGUAAGUGUCUGAUGUCACAGUCGUAAAUGUACAUAAUGUGCAUGUGCUACUCUAGCAGUGGUUUUCUGAGAGUUUUAAAUCAUCUUUCUCUCUCAAGCAUUAGGCAGCCCCCUCUAAGCACAGCACCCGUAGUUCUUAAACUGUCCACAAGAGGUCUGUCUCUGUAGGUGUUGCAGAUUUGCGUGUAUUUUUUUUUUUUUUUUUUUUUUUCCUCACAGGGAGUGUUACCCGGAAGCUCAAAGAAGUGGCUAAGGUUUUAGCCGUUAAUAGUCCAAAAUGUAAUCGUAUUUAGCAGUAAGCUGAGCUCAGGCAAUCGUAAAAUUUAGUCCAGUGGAGAAUGUUACUACCAAAGCUGCUUAGAUAUAUCUUGCACUGAUCGCGAGUGGCAUAGGCCUGUGAGUAUACAACUCGCUGCAGAAAUCUUGCAUUUGAGUUGUAUAAAUUAAGCUGUGCAAUAAUUUUGCUUUGGGUCCUUCUGUUUUGUUACUUCUUUUGUGAAACAAAUUUGCACUGCGUUAAUCUAGAGUAGAUUGUGGAUGGAUGUGCCAUUGAUAUCUUAUUUUACAAGUAUUCCAUUUGUAUUAUUGGUUUUGUUUAUGAAAUGGCAGUAAAAUGUUUCAAAGCACUGGAUUAAGAAACUAUUCUUUAUUUUCUUUUUCCCCUCAGUGUGACGGUUUUGUUUGCAUAUGCUGAUUAUUAGAUAUUUUGUUUUAUUAAAUGUUUGUUUUCUCACUUUUCUGUAGAGAUAUCUUAGUUUUUAUGCAUCUUUCUUGAAUAAAAUCACUUUAUGUUGGCAUAUAAAGUGAUUUACUUUGCCAUUGAAUAUGACCAUCCUAAUAGAAUUAUUUUCUAUUAUUCCACUCUUUCAAGUUUAUCUUGUUUCAGUACAAUUGUAGCUUCCCCUCCCUUCAUGACCCGGUCAUCACCUGAUCUGCUGACUGAGGCCCAGUUUCAUGACAUCAAAUCCCAUUUGAUAACUCAACAAUGAUUUGGACAGUUGUGACAAACAACAUUUGUGAUGAGUCAUGCUCAAGUGAUCUCUUGUAUCAGUGAUGUUCUUGAGAAAUUAAGACAGUAUGUGAAAGAAAAAUAGCUGGAGGAGUAGUAAUAUGUAAUGAGUUAUAUCUAUAAUUUUGAUAAAGCACUCAAGCGGCAUUCAGGAGUUUAUCCAUUAAAAACUUGCUGUGAACUUGAUAAAUCUGAGGCUUUGCUGAUGUAAUGUAUUUGAAUGGUUCAUAAUUUUACUUCAUUUCAUAGUUCAUUUCAUAUUCAUGAAUAUGAAAAUGGCAAACAUUUUUCAUAGGUAAUUGUGAAGGAGAUUUUGAAAUGUUUACAGGAGUGUUACCAAAAAUAUUGUGUGUGUGUGUGUGUAUAUAUAUAUAUAUAUAUAUAUAUAUAUAUAAUCUCCUUUUUCUGCAGCAAAGACUGGUUAUUUUUACCUGUUAGAUUAUGUUCAUCAGCUGUGCAUUGAAAUGUAGACUGCUGUAUUAGUCUUAUUAAAACAGGUUCAGUAAUGUCUGAAAUCCUUGAGAGAGAAUACAAUCAAAAUUGUAAUGUGUAUUUAUUUAAUAUCAAAGAAAAUUUAUUUUGAAAUUACAUGUUGUAACUACUUUUCCCAUUAUGUUUAUGUGUACAAAUACUGAAGCACUGGUUGUGAUGAAAACCUCUUUAGAACUGUAAUUACACUUUUUAAUUGUUGUUUUGUUUCCUCAAGACACCUGUAAUGUUACUAAACUAGACUGUUUACACAUGCUCUAAAUGUGUCAAAGGGGUUUUAAGCUACAAUAUUAUUCUCAGUGGGAAUAUGGAUGAUUCGUCAUUUUAAUCAUUUGGAAGUGUUAAAGUUGGAUUCACUGUAUUGAAUAUUUAAGGUUGAGAUAUUUUGCACUGACUUCUGUAUGCUAGAAAUAUGACAUGGUUGACGCCCUUGGCUUAUGGCUUGUUUUUCAAAUGCAAAUAAAGCAUAGUUUUGAUCUGA